UUGGGGACGAAUGGUUACCUUACCGGCAAUUCAAUCAUCAAACUCCUUCCUCAUCCUUCAAUUUCGGCGUCCGCUUCUUCCUCUUCCAUCAGUGGCUCUGCCGGCGCUUUCCCGGAGCAGCUGUCGGAUACAGAGGAAAAGAAGAAGACGGUGAAGAAAAAGAGGCAAAUAGCUGGGAUUGAUCAAGAUGAACUGGUUGAUCCCGAACUUUUAGCAGACCCAGAAGUUGUUACUGCGAGUUCAGAGGCUGAGGAUUCCAAACCAUUGAAUCCUUACUCCAUGGCGUUUGCUGUGCUUGCUACAUUGUACUUCAUCGAUUUCUUGAAGGCUGACAAAGCAAGUCUAGUAGGGCAUUCCGCUGGUUCUGUCAAUACCUACUUUGAGGCUCCAGAUCGUGUCGCCGCUCUGAUCCUUGUUGCUCCUGCAAUAUUUGCUCCCAAUCCAAGUCCAAAAAUUUCCAAAACAGAAGGGGCUGAAGAGGAGAAAUCAGAUUCUAAAGCUCAGGCCACACUGAAGCUAGUGAAUGGGAUGAUGAGCAUGCUUGACUCCCUAUACAAGAAAGCAUUGUCUGCCCUUCUGUGCUCUGCCUUGGGCUUAAUGCUGAUAAGGAUGGCGAUUGAUAAAUUUGGUGUAGUUGGUGUGAAGAAUGCAUGGUAUGAUGCUCAGCAAGUCAAUGAAGAAAUUGUGAAUGGUUAUACAAAGCCAUUAAGAGUCAAGGUUUGGGACAAAGCUCUUGCAGAAUUCUCUGCUGCAACUCUUGCAGGUGUUGAAUCCAAAACCAGGACACCAGUAUCAAAAAGGCUUCAUGAAAUUACUUGUCCUGUUCUCAUAGUGACCGAUGAUACCGAUCGAAUCGUUCCUGCAUGGAAUGUGAAGAGACGUUCACAGGCCCUGCCUGGAUCUGGCGUUGAAGUAAUCAAGCAUUGUGGCCUCUUCCACAUGGAGAAAAAAUGGAAGAGUUUGUGACUGUUAUCGAGAAGUUUCUCCCAAUGGCUUUUGGUGAUAUGAAGGAGCCAUCUCUGCAAACGUCUCACUAGAAUUCAUGCGCUCUGUCUCUCUCUCUCUUCUGCAGGCAUCAUUAGGUUGUCUGUAAUAGCACCAUGCUGCAACUGAUUUACUUAGGUAAGGAAAAUGUAACUCAUGGACAAUGUGGGGGACCAAGAGAAAGAGAUGAAACCAUCUUGUACACUUCAUUACACGAUAAAAUGAGCAUUCAGCAACGAAUUAUUGUUGUCAGAAAGUAGGAUCCAUAGAUAUUGUAAGACUAGGAUCUGGUAAGCUUGAUGGGAUGCUAAAUCCCGACAUGAAAUCAUCUCCGAAGAUCACAGCACCAGCAGCAAGAGCUCCUCCAACUCCAGCUCCCAUGGCUACACCAGCAGCCGACGGUCUUGCUGCCCCUCCUCUAGUUGGUGCUGCAGAUGCCGGCAUGUUUAUGUACUCUGAGUUUGGAAGAAAGGUUGGUAUGUAACCAACAUUAGCUGGAGGAGGCGGCGGGGGAGGAGUCGCCGUCCUAUGAACUGAUGGUGGGUAGCUAAGUCCUCCAUUAGAGGUGAUAGGAUGGUUCGCAGCAGGGUAAGGUACAUGAUGAGUAUACUCAGAGUUCGACGAUGCAUAUUGCGGCUGCCUGAAUGGGGCUAAAGGCGGCUCGUCCCUUGGGUAGGCCAUUUGCCCUGUACGCUUUCCAUGAUCUGUCGGUGGACCUCCUCCUCCAUUGGUGCCUGGACGAUGUUGAGGUUGCCAGGAAGGGCCUAAAGGUGACAGCUCCCUUGGAUAGACCCCAAGCUCAGGAUUAUUGCCAUGACCUAUAGGUAUAAUUCCUUCAUCACCACCUGCA